UUAUGUGCACAAUAAUAUUCAUGGCAUGACAAACAUAGCAGUCGAGAUGGAGGAGCCCUUUACGAAUGACAGAGCGUCGUUUCAGCGCUUCUUAGCAGCAUUUUGUAAACGCAUCGAAGACAAUGAGGAUGACAGUGAAAUGUUACCAUUUAGGCCUCCAACUCGCCAUUUAACAAUAGAAGAGUUACAGGGAGAGUGUUUUGAUUGGAGUUUGCGUUACUUGGGAUUAGAAAAUUGUCCACCUACUCUAGCUGCUGCCAUCACAAAGGAAGUGUAUGAACAAGCCACUAAGUUAGACUUCAAAGAGUUUGAGGAUCAGACUCCGGACCCAGAAGAAGAGGCCAACAAGGAGAAGAAUGCCAACAAUGAAAUCCAGCGUCCAGAGUCAGUUCUGGAUGCUUCAUCACUCAUGGAGCACAUCAUUGACAUGGUGGAUGAAGUGUGCCAAAAAUGGAACAAAGACUUGCCAGAUAUUCCCAUUCCAGCUCAGGUUCACGAAUGCUACCAUUAUGAAAUUAAAAAUACUCGACGUAAAAUGGAGGACAGAUAUGUGAUGCUUCCAGACAUGAAUACACUGUUUGAUCUCAAGGAUUUUCCUCAUCAGUCGUAUUACAGUGUGUUUGACGGGCAUGCUGGGAUUGAGGCAGCGGUGUACGCCUCCAAUCAUCUACAUGUACAUCUGCCCUCCUGUGAGAAGUUCUCCAGUGAUCCAGCAUCUGCCCUGAAGUGUUCCUAUUCAGCAACAGAUGAACAUUUCAUUAAAAAAGCUCAAAGAGAGGGAUUGAAAAGUGGCUGCACUGGACUAACGGUGUUGAUCAGAGAUAAGACCAUGUACCUGGCAUGGCUUGGGGACUCCCAGGCGUGUCUGGUCAGGGACGGUCAGGCUCUGUCCAUCAUGAACCCCCACAAACCAGAGAGGCAGGAUGAGAAAAGCCGUAUAGAAGCUUUAGGUGGAGUGGUCCUGUACAUGGGGACGUGGCGAGUUAAUGGUAAUCUGGCUGUGUCCAGGGCUAUAGGAGAUAUCAGCCAGAAGAAGUUUAUCUGCAGUGACGCGGACACGACUGUCCUAGAAUUAGAGGGUACGGAGGAUUAUAUCAUCCUGGCAUGUGACGGCAUGUGGGAUGGUAUAUCACAGAAUGACGUACCCAAAAUAGUAUAUGACCAUCUGCAGAAAACCAAUGGUGACAAGGCCAGUGUAGCUAAAAUGUUGGUAGAAUUAGCAAAACAAAACGGGUCCACAGACAAUAUAACUGUAGUGAUAGUAUUUCUCAGGGACGAAAUAGCAGAACCAGCCGUUAUGCCAGUAUUUUCAUUUGACAAGAUUUCUAGUUCUCAGGGAGACAAGAAGAUGGAUGACGUGGAUGGCAAAAAAGACAGUGACUCUUCCUCCGAAAAGGGAGAUGACUCUAAAAAUUCCUCCGACGAUGGCAAUACUGAAUACGACGGCAAUAAGCCGAAGGAAGAAGUGGAAAGCACAGAGCAACAGGAAACUCAGGAACAAAACAACUCAGAUAAACCCGAAAAUACUCCUCUUCCCACUGACCGCGUACUUAAGAAAGAACCUGUGUUCAUUAUUGCAGACUCUGCACCUCAGAUUUCAGAAGAUAAACCUAGGACCCCUUCACCUAAGCCUGUAGAACCUAUUCCAGAUGAAAGUAAACCAGAGGAAGUCAGUUCUGCUUCAAAAGAUCUCCCCCUUUCAGAGACUGUUCCACCUUCUCAAGAGUCUGCAAGUGCUCCAAAAAUUUCAGGUAAUAGUUUACCAGUGGAAAUUGGAUUGUCUACCUUUAUGUCCUAUCUGCCCAAUCAGGGAAGUACAAUCUCUGAAUUCAGGCAUGGGUUGCAGGGCAGCAGAAAACCUAGUGCUAUGUCCAAUUCUUUGGCACCCAUGCAUGAAGAUUUUCCAAUUGUUUCCAAUUAUGUAAUUCAGGAUGAAAUAUAUAGGAAAAAAGAUACUGGAAAGAAAAAACCAAAACGAAACAAGAAUCCCAAACUUAGGGAGCAGAAUCGCGAUGGUCAGUAUGUUGUCCCAAGAAGGGGGAGGAAAAAAGCUGAUGGGACUACACCAGUAGUUUGGGCUUUUACUGGAAAAAAUACAGCUGCUGUUAGGAACCAUAAGCUCAGCUCUUUAAGGAAUUCUCAGAAUUCCUCCCGAGUCAUACUAGCUAACAUCUUAAAUAGUGGUGCAGUUGAUCCAAGCAUUCCAUCCCAGACAAGUGCAGAUGUUAAGUUUCUAGAAAAAUUGUCUAAGUCUAAGCAUUUCAUUGACCCUGAGCAGCCAAACGCUGAGGAGAUUCCAAUGCCCCACACCGUCUUUGAUUAUCCAUUGUCCACUUUCACAGCAUCCUCCAAUUUCAAAACUAAAACUACCUCAACCCCCAAGUCUAAAUCAUCUCAAGCCAGUCAACCGAAAAACAAUCCGAAAACUGUCCCUGCUUUCCACCAAUCCUGGCGCCCACGAAAAUUGUCGAAAUUAAAUACAGGAGGUUCGUUGGCUGAACCUCCCCCCACUCCCUUCUCCAAUGUCAAGAUAUACCCAUCCUCGGAGUGUUCAGAUUGAAGCAGAGCUUCAUACACCAACUUUUAAUUAUUUAUGCAUGCUUACAAUCAGUUUGCAUAGACCAUCAGUGUAAUUAAUUUUUUUAAGGCAAUAAUUUGAUAAUCAUAUUGAUUUUUGCUCAUGUAAUAUCUUGUUAGAAUUGUCCCCCUUUGAGUGCAUUUAUUCUUAAACUUUUAAAAGCAGUGCUUCCUUAAAGUAAAUUAACAUUGUGAUACUUUGCAUUGACUGCUGAAAUUUGAUUUUUUAAAACCAUUUUGUCAAUUUUUUUUAGUCUAUGAGAAGAAAAUCAGCAGGUGAUGUAAUGUUUCAGUGUACUUCAUGGUUUGAUGUGUUCUAACACAUUUUAUUUUCCUUUCUGUACGAUUAUUAUUUUGUUAUUAUGGUGUGAGUGGUGUCCUAUUGGUGUAUAACCAGGCAGCAUAGUAUAAUCCAGGAGUGAUGUAAACAAUUGGUGCUUUUCAAUAUGUAGGCCUAUCAUUGUUCUUAAAUUAACAAUUUUCAUUUUUCUUUUUUUUCCUCAAAAAAGAGUAGAAAUGGUCAUUUCUCUAUUUUACUACCAUGAAUGUAGGUUUACAUUUUGGUUGCUUGAAAAAUUGAAUUAUUUAUUUAUUAUAGAAAUCUUUAGUAGUAGAUCAUAUUUGUAUUAUUUGAUUCAUAAUAACAUUUAAUGAUUUUUUUUUUUCCAUUUAAAGUAGUCAUGUAUUUUCUACAUUAAGCACAUUCUAGUCACAAUUAAAACUUAAAUUUGCAUUUCAUUAAUUUUUUUUUUUUGGCUACUUCACAAAGAGUUAGCAGGGAACUAGAUAAGAUGUACAUGUGUAAAUUAAAUGUUCAUAAUCAAUAUUAAAAAGAUAGGACACAAUCAUAAUUAAAUCAACAAAGUACUCAUGGAUGUUAGCUAAAUAAGAUAAAGAUCAGUAAGAUUGAUUUGUAAAAAAAAAAAAAAGUUGUGUUUAAAUGUUUAGGAGGUCAUGUUAAUUAGCAUGUGGGUCACUAGAUACCUGGGUAGAUCUGUUAUUCCUAUGUUAUAUGCACACCCAUUCACAUGAACAUUAUGUCAUUUUUGGAAGUAAUGUCUUGAACUUGACUGUAACAAUAAUCCACCAUACUAUUCUGUGUAUAUGUUAUGUAUGAAUAACAGAAGGUAAUGGGUUCUAUAGCUGCAGAACUGUAGCUCUUCGAAAAGUAUAUAUUGACAGACUGGAGAGCUACAGUGUCUCCCAUUGAAAAACCUAUAUUUAUUGUGCACAAAAACGUGAGCUUGGUUCUGGAUUAAUUCUAUCGAAGUCUUAUCUCAAUUACGAAAAAGCUAGAUUUCAAACAGUUCCCUACUCUUCUAUCAAGUACUCUGGUAGUUGAUAUCUGCACGAAGUGCGUUGGACCGGAUUAUCUUGCAAACCAAAAUGGCUGUAUAAAUAGACAAAAUUUUUGAUGAUCUCAAUUUCAAUGCCAGGAGGGCUAUUGACCAACAAUCAUAAGGAAAAUUUUGUUUAGGAAACAGUGAAAGAAUAAGUUAGGAACACAGGGUUAGUAAUAUUUUGAUAUGACAGUUUAACAAUCAUGGAGAAAUGAGUUGAGAGACUGUGCACUUUUUUGUGCUUAAUAAAUAUACAGUUAUUUAUUUCAGUGGGUGGCACUGUAGCUCUCCGGUGUGUCAAUAUAUUUUUUUUGGAGAGCUACAGUUCUGCAGCUAUGGGUUCUGGUGAUAUAAUUGCUUAUAUUAUUCUUAUUUAAAAUUAAUAUUAAACUUUAAUAUUCAAUCUAACGGGUAUAUUUUUGAUGAAAAUAGAAUUGCUGGGAAAAUUAAAGAAAUUUCAAAUGAUUAAUUAUCAAAGAGAUAAAUUAAAUUUCAGAAUGGAAGCAUGAUUAUUACCAGGUAGUAUUUUUUUUUAAUUUGAAACAUGUAUGAUACAUUUGCAAUGUUAUUUUAUAACGCAUGUUUGAAAAUUGAUACAUAAAACAUUUGCAAGUUUUUGUGUGUUUUUAGAAGAAAUUUGCUGGUAUUAAUUUUUGGCUCUACUGGUCCGAUACCAGAAGAAAUCAUGCAAUUGUAAGGUGUCUGUUGUCCUUUAUCAAACCAUUUAUGUUUAAACAUUUUUUAAAAGAAAUGGUACUCCUACAGCUCUGUAAAACGUGGUGUACAAGAGGACCGUUGAUACAGUGGUACAUAUUUCUAUAUCAGAGAGGCAAUCAGAGAAUUGUCCCAAACUCAAAAAUCCUAUUUCAUUGGGGGGAGGGACUUCUUUCACAACCAAUUUUAUUCAUACACUACUACAAAACUCUUAUUUGACUAUACUGCAUAAAAAUGUUGGGAGCAACUGGCUUUUCAGUAAACAUUUCCAAUAGCAAAAAGUAUGUUUGGAAAGGGGAUGGGAGGGGGGGGGGUUCCUUUGCAAUUGCAAUAAAAUUCACUUCAAAAAGGAUCAUAAUUAUGUUUGCAUUGCUGUUGCCAUAAUUUGCCAUAAUUUCAAGUAUAAUUGCAACUUUUCUCUUCCUUUGUUGUAGCUACAACCCAGUAGAGCUACAGUCUCAUCAGAGACUUCUUUUUUGUCAUUUUUUAAUUUUAUCCUCACCUAUAGUGUAAUAUAAUAUGUCUUACAAAAUAUGUUUUUCUUGAAAAUAGUUAUUCAAAAAACUUUCAUAUAAUUCAAAUCAUGAUCACAUUUAUUGUAAAAGAUAGGCCCAUUUUUAACACAGAUAAGGACAUUUUCAUUUUCAAAUAAAAAUAUGUAUAAUAUUUAUAUGAUUAAAAAAUGUAUUAUAAGCACUGGUGCAUGAUACUGGUGGUAACUUUAUAUUUAAAUUGUCAAAGAUAAGUUUUAUUUUCAAAUGAAAUACAUGACUGUAUUUAUCUAAUAUAAAUUUGUAUAUGUAUAUGCUUAUCAUAAUUCAGAGUAUUGUUUAAGUCUAGAGGUGAAAAAAAAACAUUAAGUGUAAUGCUGAAAAAUGUGAAAUGUUCAUAAUUUGAUUCAGGUAGGUUGAUGGUUUGAAACAUGAUUUAGUGUUACUGGUAGUUUAAAGAAAUAUAUUUUUAUGCUAAAUGAUAAGGAUUUUAUAAAUAAUGGAAGACAAUUUUGUGAAUUUUAUGUGGAUUUAAUGUGUGAAAAGAUGCUGAAAUCACUGGACUUGGAUUAUUAUCAUGUUUGAAAAAUGAAAUUGCAAAAUAAGACUAAGUAAAUGCAUGCUUAUUAUAAUGGAUAGCUGUUCACUUCGGUUUGAAACUUCAAGGUUUUAUAGAAAGUUACUUUCUUGACCUUUCUUUUACCUGUAGGUUUUUAUUUAAUAUUUCUUUGUAUUUUUUUGUUUGUUUGUGAAGUCAUGAUAAAAUUCACAAAGACAUUUAUAGUACUUAAGAUACUUGAAAUACAGUAAAACUUGUCUAUUCUGGAUGGUUUGUAUUCCAAAAUCUUGCCUAAUACAGUAACUCGAAGCUCUUUUCAGCAAAUUUCAUUUGUUCAAAAUGUUUUCUAAUCACAAUGUAUUCUAAUCCUUUGGACCAAGUGGUGCCCAGAUUAAACGAUUUAUUGUAUCAUGAUUAUGCGGGAUAAUUAAAAAUUCCUUUUGAUUUUAUUGAUAUUGAAAUAGACAAUUACUAUAUGCCAGUCAUGCAAUUUUAAUUCCUAAUGAUAUUGUAUUUUUUUUCUGUAUUGGUUUGAUGUUUUGUUGUUUGAUGUGUUAUUUGUUUCUGGAUGAGUUAUAGAGAAGAUUAUGUAAAUGUAGCAUAUGAAUCUUGUAGCCAUAUUGUUAUUGUUAUAAUCUGUAUACACCUGCUAAUAUUAUACACAAUAAAUACUCUUAUACAAUCAUAAAAA